UCCCAUGGCUGGCCCAAAAAAGUCACCGCCUCCGUCGCCACCACCACCGUCAACGUCUCCGUCACCCUCCCGCUCACCGGGAGUAUCCCUACAACCAUCAUCCCCCCGAAAAAACCCAUCGAAAUCGACCAAAAUCUUCCGCCGUGUCCGUUCUGUUUUCCGCUCAUUCCCCAUCAUAACUCCAGCCGCGUGUAAAUUCCCGGUCUCCCUCCACAACCAACAUGACAACCACCACAUCCACGGUGGGACCCGAAUGACGGGUACCCUUUUCGGCUACCGAAAAACCCGAAUCAACCUUGCUAUCCAAGAAAACCCGAGGUGUUUACCCGUUCUUUUACUAGAACUAUCUAUUCCGACAGGAAAGCUUCUCCAAGAAAUGGGGUUGGGCCUCGUUAGAAUCGCGAUGGAGUGCGAAAAACGAGGCGGGAAGACGAAGCUCGUGGACGAGCCGAUAUGGACGAUGUAUUGUAACGGUAAGAAAAUGGGGUAUGGUGUGAAAAGAGAGCCAACGGAUGAUGAUUUACACGUUAUGCAAAUGUUGCAUGCAAUAUCUAUGGGUGCAGGAGUGCUACCGACAGCUGGUGACAGUAAUAGUAAUAGUAACAGUAGUAGUGUUGAUGGUGAUGCGACUGAGAUUAUUGUCGCAUCUCCAUCAACAGAUGGAGAAUUAACGUAUAUGCGAGCACAUUUUGAACGAGUGAUCGGAUCAAAGGAUUCCGAGACUUAUUACAUGAUGAACCCGGAUGGUAAUAGUGGUCCUGAAUUGAGUAUAUUCUUUGUGCGAGUUUGAAUUGGUUUUGUAUUAAUUUUUUUUUUUUUUUAAGAUAGAUAUGUUGUAAUUUAUAAAGUUGUGAAGACAGGGUAGAUGUGACUAUACUAGACGUUUGAAAUUUGAUUGAAAUUUGUUCUUUUCA